UUGACACAGCGAUUUCAUAGCAAAACAUGCAUAUAAACUAAAACGGGACAACGUUUCUCAAACUAAACCAAACUUCUCUCACGUUUAACAUUUAUUCUUGAAUCGUGAACCCAUCCGUUUCUUCCACGUAAACCAGGAGGUUAUACGGGUUCAAACCGGUGUACUCCAGUGCUGUGUUCACGGUCAGCGUGUUGUUGUUACCGGAGGUCAGCGUGUUUCCAGCUGAAACCAACCCACCGUUCAGAUGCUUUCCCAGGGCAGGACCAUCACCUCGCUGCUGCUCAGGCCAGCCUCCAGGCUCCCUCUCUGGCUGGGAAGAGCCGCCAGCUCUCAGCCGAAAGAGUUGAUGGAGAAAGAUGAGCUGCGCCCGCUCUACAUGGACUUCCAGGCCACCACACCCAUGGACCCCCGAGUGCUGGACGCCAUGUUGCCCUUCCAGGUCAAUUACUACGGUAACCCUCACUCCAAAACACACGCCUUUGGAUGGGAGAGCGAGAGUGCCAUGGAGACAGCCAGGAAGCAGGUGGCUGAUCUGAUUGGAGCAGAUCCCAGAGAGAUCAUCUUCACCAGCGGAGCCACCGAGUCCAACAACAUGGCCAUCAAGGGAGUGGCACGGUUCUACAAGGCCAAGAAGCGUCAUGUGAUCACCACGCAGACGGAGCAUAAAUGUGUUCUGGACUCUUGUCGUGUCCUGGAGUCUGAAGGAUUCAGCAUCACCUACCUGCCAGUCCAGUCGAACGGACUGGUGGACCUGGAGCUGUUGGAGGCCUCCAUCCGUCCUGACACCUCUCUGCUCUCGGUGAUGACCAUCAACAACGAGAUCGGAGUCCAUCAGCCCAUGAAGGAGAUUGGUCGGAUUUGUCGCUCUAAGGGAGUCUUCCUCCACACUGACGCCGCUCAGGCUGUUGGGAAGAUUCCCCUCGACGUCACAGACCACAAGAUUGAUCUGAUGUCCAUCAGCGGCCACAAGCUCUACGGCCCCAAAGGUGUUGGUGCUUUGUACGUGCGUCGGCGUCCCAGAGUGCGUUUGGAGCCUCUGCAGAACGGGGGCGGACAGGAGAGGGGGCUGCGCUCCGGCACCGUCCCCACCCCUCUGGCUGUUGGGCUGGGAGCCGCCUGCAGCAUCGCACAGCAGGAGAUGGAGUAUGACCACCACAGAGUAUCCAUGCUGGCUAAUCGUCUGAUCCAAAAAAUCAUGUCCGAGCUUCCUGAUGUGAUCAUGAAUGGAGAUGCAGAACAACGCUACCCCGGCUGUGUCAACCUGUCCUUUGCCUAUGUGGAGGGAGAGAGUCUUCUGAUGGCGCUGAAGGAUAUCGCUCUGUCUUCUGGGAGUGCCUGUACGUCAGCGUCUCUGGAGCCGUCGUACGUCCUCAGAGCGAUCGGAACUGAUGAAGAACUCGCCCACUCCUCCAUCAGGUUUGGUAUUGGCAGGUUUACCACAGAAGAAGAGGUGGACUACACAGCGAAGAAAUGUAUUCACCAGGUCAACAGGCUCAGAGAGAUGAGUCCUCUGUGGGAGAUGGUUCAAGAAGGCAUCGAUCUAAAGAGCAUCAAGUGGUCGCAGCACUAGACUCCUCCCACUUCCUGUUUAUUUCCUGGCAGACGUCGAUGGCAAUUGAUUUCCAGGGAAAUCUGGGAAUGCACAAACACGCACAAACUUCCUGUCCGACUUGAAGUCUGUUUGUACCUGUUGCUCUGUGGCUCCGUAGAAAUACCUCUCGUUGCUGUCAGAAGAUGCUAUUUUUGAAGAGUUUAUGUGGCUGCCUCUGCUUGUUGUGUCGUUCUGUAACACCUGAGUCCUGUAUCACAAAGUCUGUUAUCUUGUCUGGCUCUCUUUGGGAUACCUAGCUUCACUUUCAGUUAUCUCUGGGUUUCAUAACCCAGCUGUGAGCAUGUUGAAAUUAAGAAAACCACCUACUUACAGCCUGUUAAAUGAAAUCAAAACCAUGAAGUUAUUGAUAUAACAUCAACAUUAGACAAUAGAAAACACAAACGGACACAUAAAUAAGUAGUAAGAACAACAUGCAACCAACUAUUAAGCGUUAUUAAGCCAAAUAACCGUUAAUAACAAAUAUGUUGUUAAACACCAAUAAAGGAAAUGAGAAUAAAAUUAAAUUGAUGACUGCCAACCAGAAUAUCAAGGCAGCAACAUGUGGUUUUCAGUGAGGUAAACUAUAUAAUGGCUAGAAUAAAUUAAGCUGUUGAUGGAUUAAAAUUAUGAAAGGAAGGCUGUGUUAAUCAUUGUGGGACUCUGCUUGUUCCCCAUUUUCCUGUAAUGUGAUUGGUCGGUUUUGAUCUACUUGAAGUGAACUUGCUCUAAGGUCAGUUAGCAUUGCAGGCCAUGUUAGAAAAGUGAUCUAAACUGAUUGAUUGUGAGCCAGUUUUGUUACACCAGAAACGUCAGGUAGACAGCUGCCUCACUUUGUGAUACAGGCUCUUGAAAAGGUGUUAAGCAGAAAUACAAUAGGAACGAUGAUGGGCUGUGUACUUCAGUGAGGCUGGGGUCUGUAACUGAACCGUCAGGACAGAAAUGUACUGAGCUGUCUAAAUAUUUAAUGCUUCACUUGUUAUUAUUUUUUAGUCAAGAAUAUAUAUGAUGAUUCACAUAUCGUCUCCUGCUCUGUUCUCCUGUAAUAGACUCCUCUUUAUCUCAGAACUCACAUUACAGUUAUUUUAUAAUUAGAUUUUUCCAGUAUUAAAUAAAAAGUGUCGUUAUGUACGUUUAUCAGAAGUCUUCACAGUGUUAGGAGCUGCAAUUUGAUUUUGUGUUAAUGUCUGGAACACUCUACAAGACUGUAGCCUUACAUUUUCUUCAACUGAUUUUUGAGAAACAAUGACACUGAGAUUAAUGAGUAUGGUUGUAAUGGGAAUCUGUAGGUGAUCCUGAAAGUAUACAACCAAACUGGAUUAAAAAGGAUUUUAAAAGACUUGUAUUGUGUUCCUGAAAUAUUUCAACUCUGUCUACUGUCUUCUAGUGUUACUCUCAUCAUAUACAUUAUUUUCCAAUAAAAUUCUGCUUUUUGGUUAU